AUGGCCAUCGUCUAUCACCUACUCUCGUGGGCUUCGCCUUUGGGCGAGUUUGAAGUCGUUAAAGUGCGCAAUGUGUCUACGAACUCCCCCGUCGAAGAGUUCUCCAUUAACUCAGAGAACGAGUCGUUUCUGCUGGACGCGCUUCUGGCGGCCAUGACCAUCUGCGCGACUCCACGUGGCAAGAGCUGGUCCAUCCGCAUCCCCAGCAUAGCGUAUUACUUCUUCACCAUGAUCAUCGUGGCUUCGUAUACGGCCAAUUUCGCGUCCUAUCUAACCGUCCAAUCCUUCAAGUACCCGGUUAACAGUAUCGAAGAGCUGGCCGCGCGCAAUAAGCUGAAUUACGUCAUCAGCGGCGGGGGGGCGACCGAAAGCUACUUUCAAAACAGCGUCGAUCCCACCAUUCGUGCACUGCGGUCACGGUUACGGACGGUCAUUGGGAACAUCGACGGCGUUCAGGCAGUGCGCGACGGAAAGUACACCGCUUAUCUCGCAGAGACGCCGACCCUUCAAUACUUCUCGGGACAGGAUCCGUGCGAUUUGCAGGUGGUCGGCUCGCCCUUUGGACCGUCCGUGUACACCUUGGGCUUCCGCAAGAAUGGUCCGUACACGCGCGCGAUCAACCGGGCGAUGCUGCAGCUGAAGCAGAAUGGGCUGUUGGACGAGCUUAGAAAGAAGUGGGUCGACGACCAGAACGUGUGCUCAGCGGAAAACUCGUUAACGAACACCUCGUUGCGCGUCAAAGACUUCAGCGGGCUAUGGUACCUCCUCGUCGGCGUGCUCGCUUUUGGCUUCGUAUGGGCGAUCGGCGAACGGAUUCUGGUGAAGACUCUUGCCGCCAACCCCGCUCUCCGAGAAAGGUUCAUCCGUACGACCCACAACGUAAGUAGGGCGGGAAAGCGGCUCGACCUCUUUUCCCGGAUGUCGUCGAGGCAAUCGGGGGGAUCCCCCGAGGACACCGCGGUUACCGAAAACCAGGCCUUCGAACCCGGGAAGGAGGGGGCCCGGCUUGAGAAAAGCGGGUCCGAGAGGAACCGGGCGUUUGACGUGUUUGACGUGCCGGAAAUUGACGAGGAGUCGGGGAACGGAGUUGAUAAGCAGGAGUUUGACCCGAACAAGGAAGGGUUGGUGUUGCUUUAGAGACUCUAGUGUCUGGAAUCCCGUUUCAGCGCUGCAUUUGAUACUUUGACAGGUUAGUAAGUUUAUAAAUCUUUGCACCUUGCUGGAAAGCCAGCCCGCGAAAUCUCAGCAGGACAGUUCGCGACUCCGCCAAUCUUGGCCCCGAAACGACGUGACGAAAGCUUCUAAAACAACUCUUAAGUAACUAGUAGUUGUUGGUGAAGGUUUAGCAAGAAAUAAUUAGCAUACAUAUCUUGCCGCGGCUGUGGUCCUAACCUUCCAGAUUUAAGGUAGAACGUGGACUCCAUCAUUAGAGCAGGCAAGGAACUGUCGCAAUCAGCUCAAAAUUAGCGUAAAGUUUGGGGAAAGCGCUUCCAAGCACGAUCCCAGUAGAUACAAGAUUUUUGAACCCAUUAAUUACUGAUUCAAAAACAAGCCAUUGAUGUAACAAUAUGGAUGAUGCAAAAGAUCUUACCAGAGACUUGCGACGGACUACGGUGAUCGACUUCAUUUGUAAAAAAGACUCUAAUUACGAGCUUAAGAAUACUUAUGAAAGCUACGCAAGUCAAUGGAUAUACAACUGAGUUGUAUAUCCAUUCAGAAUUAGUCGUCUUUAGGACACCCUCUGGUCUACAUAAGUCUAGCUUGCAGAUAACAUUUCAAUUCGAAGUUUAGAACAAUCUGUACGGUACAUG